GCAAGCAGUUUAUGUCGAUCGCACACCGUAUGGAGCCAGUGCUGCCAGAUUUGAGUUGCCAACUACCGUUUUCACAACACGAUUUGUUUAACCAAAUGGAGAAAAUUAAUGGAGAUCUGUGGCUGAAAAUCCUGCAGUUUCUGCCCAUGAUCGAUCAGAUAUCUUUGGCUCAAGUGAAUGGUAAUAUCCAGGAAUAUGUGAAAUACCAUUGGCGUCACAGCAAGUCGGUCACGCUGACCCGCGAUGUUUUGGAGUACUGGACCAACGAACCGCUGAUGCUGGAGGGUGUGGAGUGCUGGUCAGGAUCGGUGCAACGCCUCAAGAUAAGCACCGGCAGCAUGGCGCUGCUGAAGAAAUGGACUCCAUUCAGCUUUCCCCACCUGCGGACGCUCGACUGCGAAAUGGAAUACAAUCUGGAGGAGGCCGACGAUGAGACACUGCUCCUCACAAACCUGUUCCCGCUCCUGACGCACUUAAAGCUCAGCAGCAGCACCACCGGCUGUCACUUGUGGCGCUGGAAACUGUUAAAGGAGAUGCAUUUGAUCUGGUGCGAGUAUCUGGACACGGACACCUUCAAGGAGAUCUUCAGCACGCUGCAGCUGACCAAGUUGACGCUGCUCUACUAUGGCUAUAACGUCACCCUGGGCGAGGAGGUGCUAGAGGCCGCUCGGUGCUCGACGCUGGAGGAGCUGCAGAUCGAUGAUCACCACCUGCUGGGCGACUUCCUACCCCAGCUGAUGCGCCUGCCCAACUUCCGACGCCUGUCCUUCUACACGCGCGACUACUACGAGUACUUGCUGGAAAUGGUGGCCAAGAGUCAUCCGCUCAAGGUGCGGUCGCUGCUCUUCCACGACUCCUUUUGGAGCAGCGACCUGGUCACAGACGCCAUCGGAGCAAUGAAGAAUCUCCGCAGGCUGGUCCUGCAAGACGACGACAUUGAGUCGCAACUGCUGCACGCCAUCUGCCACAAGCUGCCGCAUCUGGAGGAGCUGCAUCUGCUGAAGAUGCGCGACCUACCCUCACCCAUCCAUCUGUGGAAGAUGGUAGGUGCCUGUCCCAGGCUCAAAAUCCUCAACCUGUCGUCCACCAAGUUGAGCUAUGAGAUGGUCAAGCCCGAUGCAACACGCUUGGCCAAGAAUCUGCAGCAUCGCCAUGCUCCUCUGACCCUGCAUCUCCACAACACUGGUUUGGACCCUGACAAGGUUCUUCCUGAUCUAGAGCAUCCGUAUUUAAAAAUCUCAUUCGAGCCCAUUAAACUCGAAAUUUGGAGUUCACGUUUCGUGGAAAUUGAAUUCAAUCCUGACUCUGAGAAACAAACUGCCUUGUCUUCGGCCUAAAAUAUAAAUUCCUGCAAUACUUUCAAAGUAUUAGCUAUGUUACAAAACUAAA